UCACAUUGUUCCAAUUCCAUCGUCUUUUCCCUCUCCAUCUCUUCCUUAUAAAAAAGGGUUCUAGAGAAGGAGCGAUAUCGAGGAGUCCGUGUAACACAAAAGCUAUAGAAACUGAAGUUACAGAGAGAGAAAAUGUAAUUUGAUUCAGACGCCAAUGGAUUAUACAAACAAUCUCUCGAGAUCGAGCUCCCUAACAUUAGGGGAACGAGCAUGUGCUGUAUUUAUGCCGUUUAUUGCGAUAAUCGAAGCUCUGAUCUUCGCUGUCUCUGGUUGCUUUGAAUACUGUGACCGACCGAGGAAAUGCCGAUACGGCUACCGAGAUUUCUCUCGGCUCGCCGAUGAAUCCCGAUUUACUGUUAAUGAAGUGGAGGCAUUGUAUGAGCUGUUUAAGAAGUUGAGCAGUGCGAUUAUAGAUGACGGCCUUUUACACAAGGAAGAGCUUAUGUUGGCACUGUUCAAAAAUCCAUAUGGCAAGAAUCUUUUUUUGGACCGGGUUUUUGAUCUUUUUGAUGAAAAGAGAGAUGGUGUGAUUGAAUUUGAAGAAUUCGUCCAUGCACUUAGUGUUUUCCAUCCCUAUGCCCCUAUGGAAGAAAAGUUAACUUUUGCAUUUAGGCUGUAUGAUCUGAGACAAACUGGGUUUAUCGAACGAGAAGAAGUUAAGCAAAUGGUAAUUGCAAUUUUGAUGGAAUCUGACAUGAAGCUGACCGAUGAACUUCUUGAGGCUAUCAUUGACAAGACUUUUGCUGAUGCUGAUGCAGACAAGGAUGGUAAAAUCAAUAAAGAAGAAUGGAAGGCAUAUGUUGUUCGACAUCCCACCCUCUUGAAGAAUAUGACUCUUCCUUAUUUGAAGAACAUCACUGCAUCAUUUCCAAGUUUUGUUUUCAACACUGAAGUUGAAGACUCAGAUUUUGAAGCUUUUUCCCAAAAGUAGAGUCCUUGAAACUUCGGAGAGAGCUCCUUUGGGUAGUCAACUUUGCGGGAUUUAGCUUUCGAGAUGAUGAUCUCUGAUUCAUUGCCAUAGAAUUCCUUUAUCAUUCCCGGAUAUCCUGAAGUUGAUCAUUCAAGCAAAGUCCAAAACCGCAAUGUAAAUUAAUCCUUUGUAUACAGGUGCCAUACGAAUGAGUAGAGCAUAGUAUACAUUACCGUAUAUAUGCAAACAUACAUGUGUGCUUUUUUGUACAUACAUGCUUUCAAAUAUGCCUUUAUAUGCACAAACAACACGUGUCUAUUCAUGUGUAUUUGUUUCAAUGAAUGGUAGAAGUUAAAGAGUAAAAAUGCCAACAGCUUACAAAAAUUGAGCUUCUCUUUGAUCCA